AUGGAGGAGGAGCUGCUUCUGGAAGGAUCAGUCGCUGUGCCGCCGCUUGAUGAGAGCAAUAAUUACUGCUGGCCCAGCGGCAGCGAUUUCGGGACGACGGAGGAGCUGAUGAUGAUGAGUGACCUCGUCGACGAGGCGGCGGUGUCGUCGUCGCCUGUGCAGCAGCAGGAGGAGCCUCGUCGCCGGCGGGAGUCGAUGCUCAACAAGCUCAUCUCCACAGUCUACUCCGGACCCACCAUCAGCGACAUAGAGAGCGCGCUCUCUUUCACCGGCGGCGACCAGGCCGCCGCCGUGGAUGCUCGCAACUACAACUCUGCCGGCCCAGUGGUUUUCUCCCCGGAGAAGGUGCUGAGCAAGAUGGAGAACAAGUACACGCUCAAGAUCAAGACCUGUGGGAACGGCCUUGGAGAGGAUGGAUACAAAUGGAGGAAAUACGGCCAGAAAUCCAUCAAGAACAGCCCCAACCCAAGGAGCUACUACCGGUGCACGAACCCUCGGUGCAACGCCAAGAAGCAGGUGGAGUGGUCGACGGAGGAGGCAGACACUCUGAUCGUCACCUACGAGGGCCUCCACCUGCACUACACCUACUCGCACUUCCUACAGCCCCAGCCCCAGCCCCAGCAGCCGCCGCCGCAGCCCAAAAAGCCCAAGCUGCACUCCGCCGCAGGCCCACCACCACCAACACCACAGCCCAUCAUCAUGCUGGAGGACCUCGACGGCCCGGCCCAACAAGACAUCACUACCGGCCAACUGGACGCUGCCGCCAUGGCUCCAGCACCACCACCGGCUUUGUGCUAUCUUGACGAUAUGUUCCAACAGCCUGCCUUUUUCGAGGAGGAGCAGCAGCAGCAGCAGCACAUCACCAACGGCGGGCUGCUGGAAGACAUGGUGCCGCUGCUGGUCCGGCGGCCCUGCAGCAACACCACCACAACCACCGGCAGCAGCACCACCUCGUCGCCGCCGCCGCUGGCACCGUCGCAGGACCUUUCGACGUCGUCUUCUGUCUCAUGGAACCCCACCUCGCCUUACAUCGACAUGGCCAUUCUCUCCAACAUUUUCUAG